CGCCGCGAUGCGAGCGAGCUGCCGCCUCAGGGCUCAAUCUCCAUCUGACCCGGAUCUGGAGCUCCUCACCCCGUCGCUUUAUAGUCAACAGUGACUUCUCCUGCUGAGGAUGGCUGUGCGCAGUAACUCUCUGAUGCCGUUCUCCAUUCAAGCCAUCCUGAACCGAGAAGACGAGUCUCGCCAUUUGAACGAUCUGGAGGUGUGUUUCUCAAAAAGCGCUUGUUGGAAGAUCUUCGGUGAAAUGGAUGGACCGGACAGGAGCGACGAGAGAGAGCACAAGAACUACGACUCGGACUCCGGGAUGAGCGAGGACAACGACAGUAAAGCGCAGAUCGACGCAAAGCCCGAGAAAGACGCAGAUUUAGCGGAAGAAACGGAUCCGGAGUCCACGGCGGAGCACUGCAGAGCCCGGGACCGUGUGUCCGACUGUCCCGGCGGCGAGGAGAAGAGCAGCGAUCAGCCCAAGCAGCGGAAGAAGCGCUCGCGCGCCGCGUUCUCUCACGCGCAGGUGUUCGAGCUCGAGCGCCGCUUCAAUCAUCAGCGCUAUCUGUCGGGACCGGAGCGCGCGGACCUCGCCGCCUCCCUCAAACUCACCGAGACGCAGGUCAAGAUCUGGUUCCAGAACCGACGGUACAAAACCAAGCGACGCCAGAUGGCCGCCGAUCUGCUGGCCUCGGCCCCGGCGGCGAAGAAGGUGGCCGUGAAGGUGCUGGUCCGGGACGACCGGAGACAAUACAGCCCCGGAGAACUACUGCGACCGCCGCUGCUCUCCCUGCAGCCGCCCUAUUACUACCCGUACACGUACUGCCUGCCCGCCUGGAGCCUGUCCUCCUGCUCCGGGAGCCAGUGACACCGGGACUCACGACUAUUUAUUCUCCUAAAGACAGUCGUUUACUGAACACACCGACCGAGGAGCCAAAACCGGGAGAUUUACGGCCGAAGCUGCCAGGACUAUACCCGUUUUACUCCCUUUAAAACAGCAUUAGGAUGUGAUCUCAGAAUGUGUCGGGUUUUAGCAAAACAUUGUUUCUUCUGGUCGGAAACAGCACUUGAUGUCGUUACUGCGCGCUCGGUAACGGUAAGACUGGCACUUUCCCCCACAAUACAAACGAUUACAAUCAGAGACCGAUACUGCUUUGGUGGACUCGAGGACAUCUCAACCUUUACUCCACAUGUAUGUUUUCAUAUUAGUGUAACGAGUUUUGUUUAAUGAAAAGGAAACAUUAAAACAUAUGACGCAUAA